CUCGUACUGUAAAGACUUAAAUAACCCUCAAAAAGUUUUUAAAAAAAUCAAUUUUUAGAAAAUUGAAAGAAAAAAAAUAAGGAAGUUAAGUGAGAGAAAAAAAAGGAUCCGAGAGGAGAAAAAAAAUAAAUAUUUCAAGAACAUUGAGAUAAGAGAAAUAAAAUAAAAAUAAUUAAAAAUGAAGAAUAUGUGCUACGAAACAUCAUAUCAAAAUAUUGUUAGUGAAACAAAUGCAAUUAAAUCAAAAAGUACAAUGAUUGGCAGUGAACCAGUAAGCCGUACAUAUCAGUACCGCAAAGUGAUGAAGCCAAUGCUUGAACGUAAAAGACGUGCUCGCAUCAAUCGUUGUUUGGAUGAAUUAAAAGAAUUAAUGGUUGCAGCAUUGCAAGCAGAAGGUGAAAAUGUUUCAAAAUUGGAAAAAGCUGAUAUUCUUGAGAUGACAGUCUCACAUCUUCAUAAAUUGAGACGUCAACAGAGAUUAGCAAAUGCAAAUCCAGUCAUUCAUGAAGAUCGCUUCCGUGCUGGAUUCACACACGCUGCAAAUGAAGUUUCACGCAUUUUGGCAUCAAUUCCCGGCGUUGACAUCACAUUGGGAACAAAAUUAAUGACACAUCUUGGAAUGAGCUUAAACUCAUUGGACAAAAAUCGUCCACUUUCAAUCCAAACUCAACAAAAUACAAUUUUCACAACACCACCAAUUUCCCCAACAUCAUCGCUUUCAUCUGGCUACAGCAGCGGUCGUGAAAAUGGAGUUAGUGUAAUUAUGAGCACAGGAAAUCAUCAAACUGCAUUACGUACUCCAACACCAACAAAUGAUAACAAUUAUGAACCAUUGACACCAAUGUCAUCAAGAUGUAGCCAAUCAUCAUCACCACAACCCAUUGAUUAUCAUCGUUCAACAUCAACACCCGAAUUCGGUUUAUUAAAAGUUGUUAAUUUCACACAACAAGCUCAAUUAAUCAAGACUGCUCCAUCAUCGUCACUUUGGAGACCAUUUUAAACAAAAUCAUUUGUUAAGUUAUAAAUAUUUCAAAUUGAAAUCAAUGGACUAAAGCUUUAACUGCAUCACAACAAUUAAGAUGAAGAUAAAAAAAAAAUUAAAAUUAGUUUAUAAGUGAACAAAAAAAAAAUUUAUAAUCCCAGAGAAGUUGCAUUUAAAUCCCAAGUGAGCCAAAAAAUCUAGACAACUCAAAAAGAUAAUUUCGAUCUCAUCAAAGUUUUUUAGAUUUUUGUUUUUUUAUAUGCACAAAAAAGAAUCAAGCUUUAAAUG